AUGAUCGUGUUGUGGGUAACACUGCUUGUCCUUCAUCAAGGAUAUGCGCUGAUUCCAGUGAUCACAGUUCAACUUGGUGAACCUGCAAACUUGACAUGUGCUUUCUCUGAUGUUAAGUUGAGCAGUGAAGGUGUCUACUGGUACAAACAGACUGCUGGUGAUACUCUGAAAUUAAUUGUGAAACUAACAAAACAUACAGCACCUGAUUAUGCACCAGAGUUUACCGCCUCAAGAUUCAAAGUACCUAGAUCUAAGAAUUUGAUUAACCUGACCAUUUUGAGGACAACCGAAGAAGACGAAGGAAUGUACCACUGUGGAGUCAAGGACUGGAUUAAUACUAACUGGACUGGGAUAUAUUUGUUAGUAAAAGGAAACACUGAAAGGACAUCAAACUAUACUGUUGUUCAGAGGCCGACAGUAUCUGAUCCAGUCCGUCCAGGAGACUCUGUGACUCUCCAGUGUUCAGUCCUCUCUGACUCUGGGAACAAAACGUGUUCAGGAGGACACAGUGUUUACUGGUUCAGAACCGGAUCAGAUUUAUCUCACCCAGACUUCAUCUACACUGAUGGAAGUAGCCCUGAUGAAUGUAGAAAGAAAUCUGAUCUGAAUUUGUCUCCAAAGAGUUGUGACUAUCACUUCUCUAAGAAGGUCAACUCCUCUGAUGCUGGGACUUAUUACUGUGCUGUGGCCACAUGUGGAAAGAUAUUAUUUGGAAAUGGAACAAAACUGGAACAAGUAAAAACGACACAUUCAGCAUUUAUUGGAAUAGUAAUAUUAUUCGUCUGCUUGGCCGUUUCUGUUGUUGCAAAUAUCGUCCUCAUCUGCAACCGAAGUCUAAGAGUAUGUGAACAAUAUAAAGGAAAGGAAAGCACUAUUUCAGAGUCUCAACAUGACAACUUGCGCCAACCGGUACAUGAUAUUACUCAAGCUGAUGACACAAUGAACUACGCUGCACUGAAUUUCUCUGAAAGAAAAGCAAAGAGAGGAAGAAAGAAGAGAGAGUUUUCAGAGGACAGUGUGUACUCUCAAGUUAAAUGUUGA